AGAGAGAGAGAGAGAAUCUGGUGGGCUUUGAGCUGUGAUUUAGCUGUCUUUUGAUGUGUAAUCUCUCUCUCUCUCUCUCUCUCUCUCUCUCUCUAUUUCACCAGUACAAACUACACAAACACACAUCUCCAAAAUCCCUAGAAAACAGCCCCCACUCCCUCCCCACCCCUUUCUUCCUCCUCAAACCCCAAACCCCCAAAAACUCUCUCUCUCUCUCUCUUCUUUCCUACAUUUUCUUCCUCUCAGAUCUCAAGGCCUCCAAAACCCCAUUUGCAAUCUCAGCAGAGAAAAGAGAGAGAAACAAAGAAAAGGGUUUUUCUUUUUCUGUUUAAAUUUUCCUUCUUUCUUUUUUUUGUGAGCUAUAAGCUUAAACAAAUUUAAAGUGGCAUUUGGUGAUUCAGAUGUCUCAUGUGAGAUGAAGAAGAAGACCACCCUCCUUGAUCUCUCACUUCUUCUCAUCACCUUCGUUCUCGCCUCCUCAUCACUCUCUGUCGUCUGUGGUGCUCAGGAGUACCACCACCACAACGGCAUUAUCAGCCAUGGAGCUCUCUCCCACGCCGAAGCCCUCUACAUCAAGCAGCGCCAGCUCCUCUACUACAGGGACGAGUUCGGCGACCGAGGCGAGCUAGUCACCGUCGACCCAUCUCUGGUUUUCGAGAACCAGAGAAUCAGAAAUGCUUACAUAGCUUUACAAGCUUGGAAGCAAGCCAUUCUCUCCGACCCGCUUAAUCUCACGGGUAAUUGGGUCGGAUCUAAUGUCUGCAACUACACCGGAGUCUUCUGCACAAAAGCCCUAGACAACAGCUCCAUCCGAACCGUAGCUGGGAUUGAUCUCAACCAUGGCGACAUUGCUGGGUACUUGCCCGAAGAGCUUGGGCUGCUUGCAGAUCUCGCAUUGUUCCACAUCAACUCCAACCGCUUCUGCGGGACUGUGCCUCACAAGUUCAAGCAGCUCAAGCUGCUCUUUGAGCUCGAUAUCAGCAACAAUCGGUUUGCUGGGAAGUUUCCUCGGGUUGUUCUUCAGCUGCCAAAGCUAAAAUUUUUGGAUCUGAGGUUCAAUGAGUUCGAAGGGACUGUGCCCAAGGAGCUGUUCGACAAGGACUUGGACGCCAUUUUCAUCAACCACAACAGGUUCAGGUUCGAUCUGCCGGAUAACUUCGGGAACUCGCCGGUCUCCGUCAUCGUCCUCGCCAACAACAAGUUCCACGGCUGCGUUCCGGCGAGCCUGGGCAACAUGUCGAACCUCAACGAGAUCAUUCUGAUGAACAAUGGGUUCAGGUCCUGCUUGCCGGAGGAGAUUGGGAUGCUCAAGAACUUGACGGUGUUUGAUGUGAGCUUCAACCAGUUUUUGGGUUCGCUGCCGGAAACGAUUGGAGGGAUGGUGAGCUUGGAGCAGCUCAAUGUGGCCCACAACUUGCUAUCUGGGACGAUUCCGGCGAGUAUUUGCUCGCUGCCGAGGCUGCAGAAUUUCACUUACUCUUACAACUUCUUCACCGGCGAGCCGCCGGUGUGUCUGGGCUUGGCGAGUUUCGAUGAUAAGAGGAAUUGCUUGCCGAAUAGGCCGGCGCAGAGGCCGGCGGCGAAGUGUAAGUCGUUCUUGUCUAGGCCUGUGGAUUGUAAGUCUUUUAGAUGUAAACCCUUUGUUCCUUCUUUGCCUUCUCCUCCUCCGCCGCCGCCGCCGCCUGUUGUGGUUCCUUCACCGCCUCCCCCGGUUGCUUUACCCCAAUCGCCACCACCUCCACCGCCACCGGUUUUCUCACCACCCCCACCACCGCCUCCAGUUUACUCACCACCCCCACCACCUCCUUCACCGCUACCCCCACCACCACCACCACCACCUCCACCUCCCCCACCCUCACCUUCCCCACCACCACCACCGCCACCACCUCCCCCAUCACCUCCACCACCAUCGCCAUCACCACCGCCGCCACCAACACCAUCGCCACCACCUCCACCGCCACCAACACCAUCGCCACCACCUCCACCAACACCAUCGCCACCAUAUUGUGUGCGGCCCCCACCACCACCGCCACCAAAUUCACCACCACCACCAGCUCCAUUGAGCUCUCCACCUCCACCCUCUCCUUACCUUUACAAUUCACCUCCACCCCCACCUCCUCAUUCACCACCACCACCUCCACAUUCACCACCACCACCUCCACAUUCACCCCCACCACCAAUUUAUCCGUAUCCAUCACCUCCACCUCCCGUCCAUUCCCCACCUCCCCCAGUGUACCAGUCCCCUCCACCACCACCACCACUUUGUAUAGAGCCACCCCCUCCACCUUCCCCACCACCACCAUGUAUUGAGUACUCACCACCACCACCACCACCAACUCCCAUUGUGUACUUGCCCCCACCUUCACCCUCACCACCACCUCCUGUCUAUUCUUCCCCACCUCCACCAGUCUACCAGUCUCCUUCCUCACCACCACCGGUUCAAUACAGUUCUCCACCCCCACCUGUUCACUACAGUUCCCCACCCCCACCACCCCCAAUUCCAUGUGAAACGCCACCACCUCAUUCAUCACCACCACCACCGUCGCCACCGGUUCACUACCAUUCCCCACCCCCACCGGUUCCUUACAGUUCACCAACACCGCCAAUUGUUUAUGAAAGCCCACCGCCUCCCACUCCUGUAUAUGAGGGCCCAUUGCCACCCAUCUUUGGAGUUUCAUACGCGUCUCCUCCGCCACCACCCUUCUAUUGAUGAUUCUUUUGAGAAUUUUCCUCCUCUAACCUUUCCUGGAUCGUCACAUCACACAAAACUACCCAGAGUCAGUAUUGGCAGUCACGGCUUCUCUUCCCUCCCCACACCAACUCUUCUUUCUCUUUUGGGCAAUUCUCGUCGCUCGUGGAGGAAGAACCAAAAAAAAAGAAAAAAGAAUGAAAUUUGGGAUUGUAUGCAAUUCUUGAAGUUAAUCACCAUUUCGGCAACGGCAAACAAAUGUCUCAAGAAGCAGAGAAGAGGUGAAAGAAUAGAUGUAGUAUCAUCAGUAUAGAGUGAGAGAGAGGUAAGAGGAGAAAGUCUCUCCCAUAUUUAUUUGAAAUUGUUAUGGAUAUUUGAGUUGUGAAAAUAAAAAUGGCAGAAAAACAUUAGGUUGCAGAGAAUGUGUAUGUAUAGGGAUGCAUUUGGAGACCGUAAUUCAGGCUACAAACACAGCAGCAGCACCUUCCUUCUGCUUCUGCUGCUGCUGCUGCUAUUGCUGCUGGGUUUGUGGUGGGUUUUAUUGUUAUUGUCUCUUUUAUAUCAUAAUCAUACUUUUGUUUCUUCUCAAUUUCCAAAUUUUAUAGUAUAAUCAUGAACAUUUUACAUGUAUUAA